GCUGUUAUCAGAGUCGCAGGAAGCAGCAGGUUCGGUUUCCUCUGCUACGGCUACCUCCUCAAACUCCACGAAUAUUCUGCCUUAGAGACUACCCUAGCGUCAUAUAACCGAAUUCAUCACACAUGGCAACAGAGAAGCCCAAAAUCUUGGUUCUGGGAGGAUGUGGAUUUAUUGGGCGACACAUUGUAUCUGAGUUUGUGUCCAAAGAUGUAGCCUCGAGUAUUUGCGUAGUGGACAAAGUGCCUCCUCAGAUUGCAUGGCUUAAUGAGCAGCAGACAAAAAUCUUUGAAGAUGAUGUUGUUACAUUCAGGAGUGCUAAUCUAAUUAACCCAGCAUCAUGUGCUGCAGCAUUUGGGGAGGAGGAGUGGGACUGGGUCAUAAAUGCUGCUGGAGAGGCAAAAACUGGACAGGUAGAAGCAGUGUAUCGUGAAGGAAUAGUUCGAUUGUCAACUAACUGUGCUAAUGAGGCAGCAAAGAGGAAAGUUAAGAUUUACGUGGAGAUAUCAGCUGGGAGUAUGGCCUCCAAUGAAAAGGUUCCACACAAAGAGAGUGCUGAUUGUAAUCCCUGGACAGUUACAUCCAAGUGCAAGUAUCAGGUGGAAAAGGAGAUCAAGAGUCUACCGGAUCUGAAUUGGAUUAUUGUGCGACCCGCCACAGUCUAUGGAUUAUCUGACAAAACUGGCCUUACUCCACGACUUGUGUUUGGAGCGGUUUACCGCCAUCUCGGUGAGACGAUGAAGAUGUUAUGGGAUGAGAAGCUUUGCAUCAAUACUGUUCAUGUGACUGAUGUUGCUAGGGCCAUUUCGUGGUUGUGCCAACGUGGGAAAACAGGCCAAAUUUAUAACGUUGUGGAUGAUGCCAACACCAAGCAGGGUGACAUAGGGAGUAUUGUGUGUGACAUCUACAAGAUCAAUCAUGACUAUUGGGGGAAUACACUCUCAACAGUUGCCAAGACAGACGCAGCUGGACUCGUUAAUGAAAUCAAUGAGAAGCAUCUAAUCCCUUGGGCUGGCCUCUGCUCUGCUGGUGGUUUGGACAACACCCCACUGACUCCUUAUAUUGACCAAGACUCGGUGCACCACAACCAUCUAAACCUGGAUGGAUCCAAGCUUCGAGCAGAAGGCUUUACAUAUUCUGUGCCAAGACCUACUCGGGAGAAUCUUCUACAGGUGUUGAAGGAUUUCGUGGUUAUGAAGAUCUUCCCAGGCAGUGCUCUUCCAUCACAGUAACUAGGUGAUAUAGCUGCUGUGUAAUUAUAGAAAAAGUAAUCUUUGCCCGGGCUGCAAUAAAUAAAACCUAGCUAUAACAACACAUAUUUUAUGAGGGAUAUUAGUGUUUGUCUGUACAUACAGUAGUAUCAUUAAUAAUUUUUUACUUGUAAAAAAAAAAAUGACCAAAUAAAUGUACAAUGAGUAAUGGUUUGUUGGAAAAAAUAUUGAGACCAAAUGAUAACACAUCAUAAUAUGGUCUGUUGUCAGUAGUUGUUUAACAGUAAAAGACAUUGAUGGUACCUUUGAAAGAUAAUAACAGUUCUAGGAAUAAAUCACAUUUUCUCUGUUCUUUUCAUGGUAUUUUGUAUAAUGUGGAGCAGUAACUUUUAGAGUUGUUAGUAGGAAUUUCAAGUACAAGAUAUCAAUUCCUGGAAUAAAUGGCAUAUGUUUGAUUUGCUAAAACCAUAAUAUGAUUUGACAUUGUAUGCCAAUGAUGAACCAAACCACCCAGCCUCAUCAAUUUUUCAGAAGUUAAAAGUUUACAAGCCUAUGUCAUCUUCAGUAAUCACAUGAUCUAAAUAUAAAAAAUGAAAUAGAUUUUUUUUAAUCUAAGGUAAAUAAAUUACACCAAAGGAAAUGGAAGCUUUUGUCAAGAGAAACAGUGAAUUGACUCUCUUCAUUGGACAAACUAAACACCUUAAACUUUUGAGCAUUAUCUCUUAUCUUCAAGAAAGCUGCUUCUGGUGUUCAGUAAGUGCAUUAUUAUCUAAGUAUGGUAAACUUGAUACACUUCACUGUUCCUGGCAAAGCCUAAUGGUGCUCGGCAGGAUUCUUUUAACUGUAAUAAUGACAUUCACUCUACUUCAUUUUAAUUGUGCUGCCUUCCAAUGCCUUGUCCUAGAAAUACUAUAUAUAGUUAUGAGAGCAAGAGCCAGUAAUGGCCACAAUUGCUUCAGUGAUGUAACUUAUUUUUAUAAAGACAUGGAUAAACAAGGUAUCUUAUAAAUAAUAGUAAGGAUUUGUUAUCUAGAGAUUGCUACACUUGCUCAAGGCUUUUAAGAUAAUUCACCAAUGUUGUGAACUGUCCAGAAUGAAGGGUCUCCUGAAGGAAGCAUUGUCAGCAUAAAGCUUUCCAGUAGUGUUACCAAAAUUGAGCUUUUCAGUGAUGUCGCCUACAAGAAGCUUUAGUUGGUGACCUCAUCCUAUUUAAACCUAGUGACACUUCACUCUGGAGAGCUUCUUACCGGUGAUCCUUCACUGGAGAGCUUCUUACUGGUGAUCCUUCACUGGGGAGCUUCUUAUUGGUGAUCCUUUACUGGGGAGCUUCUUACUGGUGAUCCUUCACUCUGGAGAGCUUACUGGUGAUCCUUCACUGGAGAGCUUCUUACUGGUGAUCCUUCACUGGAGAGCUUCUUACUGGUGAUCCUUCACUGGAGAGCUUCUUACUGGUGACCCUUCACUCUGGAGAGCUUCCUGCUGGUGACCCUUCACUCUGGAGAGCUUCCUAACAUGCUGGUAAUGUUUCUUUUUGAGUUUUGUAUUGGUGAUGGACAUUUUUUGUGGGGACACAUUGGUAUGGAGAGCUUCCAUCAGGCUACAUGAUUUCUGUCAGUGAACUUUCUGGUACAUUGCUCUUCUGCCCUGAAUGUAUACAUGCAUCACUUUACUGUUAUUCCUGCUGGCAUCCAAGCUGCAGUUCAGUUAAAAGUCUUAAACCAGAAUAAAGAGUAUAAAAUUAUCCCCUCCAGUUUCAUGAU